CGGCUGCUCCACGAGCCUUAUCUUCUUCUAAAGAGCAUUUACCAACUUCAGGCUCUGUCCCGGGAUUUAAAUAAAGCAAAAUUAAAAAGCGGCGGAUAAAGAGGGUGGUUCCUAGGGCUACAACUCGUCGAAUGGCGUCGGCGACGGCAACACCUAAUUUUUCCUUCCAAAACCUAUCUAAUUUACUUCCACCCAAAACAUCCAUAUACCAUACACCGAUUCUCCUCCGAAACCUUAAACGAUCGAACUUUCAUUCUUCAUUCCACUCGAUUCAGAAGCCCGAAAUACCCCGCCAAGUCAUUCUCUUUUCCGUGGACGUUUCAAAGGACGACAAACCCCUCUCGAACGAUCGUCCGGUACCGGUGGAUCCUGCAGAGACCAGGGAUAAGGUACAGGAGAAGAAUUUGGAUCCGCGGCGUCUGGAGGAGCGAUUAGCCGUGCUGAAUACGGGGAUCUACGAGUGCCGAUCUUGUGGUAACCGCUACGACGAGGCCGUUGGCGAUCCUUCGUACCCCAUCCCACCAGGGUUUAGAUUUGAGAAGCUACCGGAGGACUGGCGAUGCUCGACUUGUGGAGCGGCGAAGUCCUUCUUCGAGAGCAAGAGCGUGGAGAUUGCAGGAUUUGCGCAGAACCAGAAUUUUGGGCUUGGGGCCAACACGCUCACAGGAGGCCAGAAGGCAUUGCUGAUAUAUGGGAGCUUGCUGCUCGCAUUCGCGCUCUUUCUCUCCGGAUACUUCUUGCAAUGAUGCUUAUAUUGGUAAAGAUGGAGGAAACUUCUUUUCAAGUAUGCUUGCUGUUGCAUUUUUUUGUUUAUUCACUGUAUCUUUAAUCAGAAAUGAUGGGGCUUGUGAGGAGAUCAGGUUGGAGAUGAGAAUAUCAGUGAUUUAAAGGCAGAAUCUGAUUCAUUUUUGU